AUGGAAAGUCAACGAUUUGGUAAACUCUACCUUCAAGCCUUAUUUUGCGAAUACAACACUGAAAAGCAAGAUUUUCAAAAGCUGUUCGAUUAUUUUGAUUGCUCCAUCGAAUCCAUUGCAGAAAUGUGGGAAAGUAUUAGGGAUGGUGAAAACUCAACAAGCCUCUUUGAAAAUUUACUCUUGGUGAUGAAGGGUUUUUUGAUGGUGAAUAGGAAUCAUCAUGUCGGGAAGGAGAAGAUUGAAGAGAUUGUUAGGCUGAUUCUGGAGAGGUUCUUGGAUUUGAAUUCCCUCCUCUCCAAUUAUUAUCAAUUCAAUUUGAAUUUGAAAAUUAAUUGUAAUACUAGCCUUGCUGCUCGGGAGAGGAAGAUCUUGUCCUUGUGCUUGGAAAUAUUAUUCAUCAAUUGUUGUAAUAGAGAUGUGGAGAAUAUGCUUGAGGGAUUGAAUUUGAUAUUGUGUCAUUGUUUUGCUAGGUUUAAAUCAGUGAUGAAUAAGAGUUUGGCAAUAUUGAUUGUUGUGAGGGAGAUGGUUCAGAUUCUCAUUCAGGAUGUGUUUACUUUGGGGAGAACAUCAUCAGAGGAUGCUCUGGAGGUUCAAACUUUGAAUAAGAAUAUCAUCGAUAGGAAUAUCAAUAGGAUUGUUAACUUUGAGUUUGAAUUUAAUCUGUCCGAAUAUGAUGAGCUAAUUGAUGAUGAAGAGGCAAACAACCAAAAGGAAAGAAUUAGACUCAUUGAAUGUAUCAUUACAGUAUUGGAAGAAUCUAAAGAGGUUUCUCACAAAUUGCAAUGCAUUCAUGUCUUGACAAUGAUUGGCAUGUUGAGCGAGAGUUAUUCCUUCAAAAUGAUUCCACUCUUGGAAAAGACAGUCAUGUACGAGGCUGAUGAAAAUUUGAGAUUUGCAUCUAUUACUGCAUUGUGGGAACUCAUGACAAUUCAUCCAUCUCUGCAGAAUUACAACAUGAUGCUCUCCACAGAUUUUGGAAACAACUUUGAAGACCUUGAGCCAGUCGCUGAUGACAUUAGCUUGCUUGAUUUUGUUCUCUCCAUCUCAACCCUCACUGAGCAUACUAGGAGAAGUGCCAUUCUUUCAUCCAUUAGAAUGAUGAGAAAGCAAAAGUGUUUGGAUAUCUCAAUAGAGCACAAGCUUUACUCCUUUGUUGAAAUGCAAAAGAAAAGAAAUAAUGAUGAAAUAUCAGAUUCAUCCCUUGCUAAAUAUCUUGCAAACUUUACAUUUGAAUCGGAAGUAAAACAAGUCAUUCUCACUCCAAAGAACAAGAAGAAAUCAAAUAACAAAUUAAUUAAAUAA